AUGCGGUUCCUACGUGUGAGCUGCCAGGCAGCUUUGAUCGCUGCUGCCGGAAGCUUGGCUUCUGCCUCUACCUUCAAGAAUGGACACUACGACUACAUUGUCGUUGGAGGUGGUCCUUCCGGCAUCAUCAGCGCUGAGCGAUUUGUUGAGGCCGGGAAGAAAGUGCUGCUCCUUGAACGAGGCACUGGUCCAACAGUGGCAACUGGUGCGAACGAUACUCUUUCGUGGGACAACCAGUUGACGCCGAUCGAUCUUCCCGGCCUAUCCGCUGAUGUCGGUGCCCUUCCCGAGUGGAGCGAGUACAUGUGCUCUGACACCGGAGGUAUUGCUGCCUGUGUUCUUGGUGGGGGCACGACGGUGAACUAUAUGGUUUUUGUGCACCCUCCUGAGCAUGACUUUGACGACAACAACAAUUGGCCUGCGGGAUGGAAGUGGAAGGAUAUCAAGCCUGCUGCUGAGAGGCUCUACAAGCGGAACCCUGGCACUAUCUUGCCUUCAACUGAUGGCAAGCGCUAUGAUCAGGGUGCCUAUACAGUACUCUCGAAGUUCUUCAACAGGCUUGGCUGGAAGUCGGUUGAUAUGAUCUCUCAGCCCAAUGAGAAGCACCAGGUCUACAGUUAUCCUUCCUGGAACAUCAAGGACUUGGUUCGUGCUGGUCCUCUUCGCACUUAUCUGCCCAUUGCCCAGAAGAGCAAGAACUUCGACUUGCACCUGGGUAUCAAGGUGCUCCGCGUCGUGCGCGAAGGCUGCCGGGUCACUGGCGUUGAAGUGCAGACCAGCUCUGGAAAGACCGAGAUUAUCACUCCUGCCCACAAUGGUCGUGUUGUCCUCGCUGCCGGUGCUCUCUCAACUCCUCGUCUGCUCUUCAACUCUGGCAUCGGUCCCAAGAACCAGAUCGAGACAGCAAAGAAGAGCGGCAUCACCGUUCCUGCCGAGAAUGAUUGGAUUGACCUUCCCGUCGGUGUUGGAAUCAAGGACCACCCGAUCUUCACAGUCUCCGUCCAGACUAAAGGCGACUUUGGCAUUCCCGACUACGAUAGCAUCUUGAACGGCAGCGACACCACCGAUAUCAACCUCUACAAGCAAGGCAACGGUCUUCUGACCCAGGGCAAGCACCGGAUGAUUUUCUUCAGCUCCAACAAGGUGCAUGGCCAGACUCGCUACUACCAGGGGUCUUGCGCCCCUGCCGCAAACUCGGUCGUCGAGAUUAAGGUCUACAUGACCCACGGUCUUACUUCGUCUGGUCUUCUCGGUCUCGACUCGAAGCAGAACACCGUCAUCGAACAGUCUCCCUACAUGCGAACUGUAGGUGACCGUCAAGCUAUGCGUUCUUUCAUUCAACAGCUGGUGAAUGACAUCCAUGCCCCUUCGUCUGGUUUCGAGUUGGUCAAGAAACUGAACACUUCUGCUAUCCUCGCUUCUCCGUCUCCGGGUGACCACUAUGCCUCCUCUGCCAAGAUGGGCACUGACGAUGGCCGGAAGAACGGUACCUCUGUCGUGGAUAUUAACACGAAGGUGUACGGAAUGGACAACCUGUUCAUUGUUGAUGGCAGUAUUCACCCUGACCUCCCUACCGGCAACAUCCAGGCCACUAUCAUGGUCGUCGCCGAGGCCGCGGCAGCCCGAAUCCUUGCCCAGAAAUAG